AUGAUACGCCUUAGCACGCCCUCAGCCCAGACCACAUCUAAGGGGAACCUCGGAUCCCUCCUCGCCCGCAACCUGGAGAAUGACGAGGAUGGAACCCAGGCCACGCCGGAACCAAACAGGCCAGUCAGUACCAGCUCCCAGUGGUCUUUCAGCACCAUCAGCACCACCACUCAGCGCUCCUACAAUGCCUGCUGCAGUUGGAUCCAACACCCUCUGAUCCAGAAGAAUCGCCGAGUGGUGCUGGCCUCCUUCCUACUCUUGCUGCUGGGGCUGGUGCUGAUCCUGGUCGGCGUGGGACUGGAGGUGUCCCCCUCCGCAGGUGUCUCCAGCGCCAUCUUCUUUGUGCCCGGCGUCCUGUUGCUGGUCCCUGGAGUCUACCACGUGAUCUUCAUCUACUGCGCCGUGAAGGGCCACCGGGGCUUCCACUUCUUCUACCUGCCGUACUUUGAGAAAUGAGCCGCCGCGGGACAACCAGGCCGUGCCCCCGGCCUGCCCCCCAGCAUCUGCGAGGAGCGGCCACGGGGGCGCCCCUCGGAUCCUCAGCUCGUGGGGAACCCAGCCUCCCCUCGCCCGGAAGAGUCUCCCCUGCCCCACGGCCCGCGCGUCUGUUUUGUGCCUUAACUUAUUCCCAGGCGUCGGGGCGACUGGGUCCGUGUGAUUUUGUGCUAAUAAAAGAGUAGUCGAUUCUA